AUGGAGGAGAGACUGAACCUGUACUUCUAUCCGCUGCAGAGACUGAAGAUCUAUGGAGAGCCAAACAACAUAGAGGUGGCGCUGAGCCCCCUUAAGCAGACGGAGCGAGGAAAGGAGGAGGGGAUAGAAUCCCUAAAUUGCAGACCCGUGGAAAACCCACACAUGAUAUACGACUCUCUAAAUUCAAACAUACUGAAUGAGAUUAAAAAUUUUUACGCGAAUGAUAAGGUGUAUCAUGUGGUUGCCUCCACUUCGCAAUCGAAGCGGGGGAAGGCGAAGGGAAGGGAGUCAGAUGAUGAAGGAGAGGAGGAGGAGAACGAGGAAGGGGAUGGGGAAGAUGCCGACGAUGGCGAGGAGGACUACCAAGACGACGAUUGCUACUACACAGAUGGGGAGACAAAUCCGGAUGAAAAUAGCGAGGCUCUUCCGACCCGAUCCGAUCUGCAGAAGGGCCCAUUUGGCGAUGAAACCAUGUCCAAGAAAAGGGACAACUCGAACAAGAAGCAGGUGCCCCGCCUCCGCUGCGACGGGGCAACCAACCCAAAAGUCAGCGACAGGAAAAGGGCAACACAGAGUUGCAUCGAUUUCCUGCGCAACUCUCGCAAUUAUGAAAAAGAAAUACGACGAGACCAGACCAGAGUUCGGGCUUCACUAGACGUGGUUAACACUCUGGCCACCUUUUACAUCGACAAGAGCAUGCAGCUGGAUAGCAGGUAUGCAUACGACCUACGUUUCAACGUUAAGUGCCCCGUUCUGGUGAUGCCCGGUGGAUUCUACAAUAACCAAGUGAAGCUGAUGGAGGCUCAAAUUGGCGAGUGUAUUUACGACGAGGGUGACGGCAGAGGGGGAAGCCACUUACCAGGAGGAGACCCCUUGCCGGGAGGAGGCCCCUUGCCAGGAGGAAGCCGCUUGCCCAGUGAUUACCUCCCCGUGAACCUCCAAUUUCGCUUCGACAACGAAGUCACCAUCGUGCCGACGAACCUCUCCACCGGCAACUACGACGCAAACGAGAGGGGGAUCCUUCCCACAUACUACAGGUAUGCGCAGAAAGUGAAGCUCGCCAAGGAGUAUAACAGAAAACGAUCAUAUCGAAAUGUGUACAAAAUUGAGAACAAUCAUCUUCUGUACCAACUGGAUAGAUGCUUCACCGAAGUGAAUGAAAAAGAAUCCAUUGCUGUCAGCAAAUAUUUGAAGAUAAAGGAAAUAAAAGCGGACACUAAUAAUAUUAACGAGUCGGUUAUCUAUGCCAGGAAUGACGUCGGGUUGGUUAUUUUCCAAGUGCAGUACGCUCCCGGGGAGGCGUUUAACUGGGAUGGUGCCCUGUGGACGGGAAAUGAAGAAGAAGAUCCACGCGAGGAGCGCGAUUGGCAUGGUUCACGAGGGAAGGGGAGAACUGCACGUAAGUCAUUCAGUAGCACUGUAGGUAGAACCCCUGACCAGGCGUUCCCCAUUUUGGAUUACAAAAUAACUAUGGCCAAGGACAUCCUCCUCUUUGACAGAUUGAUGCAGAUCUGUCCGAGCACGUGGACAUACGGGAGGUGCACACUUCUAGGCAAUUACAACAGUCUGUAUUCCUACGAUUUGGAAACGAACUUACUACAAAUCGUGGAGUUGAAACGGAGAGGGGGAUACUUUAAAAAUUACGAUACGGCUCUCUGUUUGUGCUAUCUCCAAGAUGACAACACGCUUCUACUCGGAUGUGGCAGCCUCUACAUAUACGACAAAAGAGAGCAAUUUCUGUCCAAGUUUAAUACAAACAAUAGUGGCGUUAAGAGAGUAUCGAAGAAGACGAUCGGGCAGAAAGCACGUGAUCAGUUGUUGACGGGAAUCCCAUUAGAAAUGAAGACAAAUGCCGGAGGAAACAUAUUUCAUGAGGAUAAAAAUAGAUCCCAUUUUAAUAGAGGCUACACAGCAGUUGCGAAGAACCCAGAUUUUUCCUUCAUCGUUGCAUCUGUGAAUACAUCCUUUAACGUGAUUGAAGUAUGGGAUCUAAGAAAUCAAUAUGAACCUGUGUUUCUCUUCCCACUAAACAUAUCAGAAUUUACCGAGUCCCAUUUUAGACACAUCGAAUGGAUGUCCGUCACCCCCACUGGACACAACCGAUAUGAGCAGAGGACCACUUACAAUUUAGUUACCUUCUCAUAUUAUGAACACUUUGUCUACAUAAGGAAGAUUCUAAUCCGUGAUGACUUUACUAGCUAUAAAGAUUUAGGGAUGGAGGCGUACACAAAUCGAUCUUUCCCCUUUGCGUAUAACUACACCUUUAAGGGGGAACCUUCUGGAGGGAGGGAUGGCACACAGGUGGAGGGGAGACCCUUUGACAGAGGAUCCAUUCAGGGGGGAAACCCUCCCAAUGGGAGAAGCAGCACUAUCAUGGGGUAUCGUGGAAAAGAAGACGGGGAAUCCACUUCACUGCGCUCACAUAGCGAUGACGCUGAGAAGAAUCCUUCUCCAGAUGUGGCCCCUCCCCAGGAAGAGCUCCGCGCAAACCACAUGCAGAUGCGAGAGGACAUACCGUUUAAUCACAUAUUUAGUUACAAAACGGUGAAGAUGCUUGUGGGGGACUCCCUCCUCGUAGAUACAGCCAAGUUCACUCCGAUGCAGAAAAACAAAACGGAGCCGAUAAGACUCAUCUCCGACCAUUCGAAAUUCAAUUCGAUUAACACCAAAGUGUAUAAUUUAUUUUUCGGGCUGUAUGGAAUGAAAUUCGUGCAGUUAUGUGUCCCAGUUUUGUAUUGUAGGAGGCAGCCUGAGGGGGAUUCUCUCGGGGGGGGGACUACUCCUCCUACGGGGGUAACUUCUCAUGGGGUAGCUCCUCCUGAGGGGGACUCCCUCAACCACUGCGAUGGGAACGCCUCACCUAGGGAAUAUCUCGAGGAGCGCUUCUACUUUGACGGGAAGAACACCAGAACGUGGAAAUAUUCUGUCAAGAAGAGGGACUCACAGAGAAGGGUAUCCCUCGUCAGGAGGCAAGAAAUCGUGGGAAUCAAAUUAGACUAUGUCCAAUUUAUUCUGCACACGAAUUCUGGUGGGCAGCUAUUCUGCACGCCCGUUAACUUGUGCGUGAAGAAUUUGGCUGAAGAGGAGGCUAAGGGGUGGAUCCCCAUAAAUAGGUCCUACGUGGCGAGUACCUACCGCAAUGAGGGCCUACCCGGGAUGCUCAGCAGGUUCGCCGACCUGGUGCAGAAUAGGCGGUGCGGUGAGGAGACGGAGCAACGCGGUGGAGAAACUUCGCCGCCCGCUGAGGCAACAGCGAGUGACGACCGCCCGCAACAGUUAGCAGACUCGUCGCCAAGUCCACACCGAGAAGGAGAAAGACCACACUUCCACAGCGAGGAACAGGACGACGAAUUUAAUUUUCUCAAUUUAGACAAUUUUGAAGGGAUCAUGUCAAAUGGGGUUGACCGCACAGAAAAGGAUACACAUACCCUUGAGGUAAAAAAAAAAAAAAAAAAACUGAAUGGGUGA